AGGAUCCGGAGCCGACCAUCGCCAAGAUGGUCGAGGCGUGCACAAAAGCGGCAUCGAUGGAGCAGACUGUGGCGUUUGCGGGGAAAAACAUUUCGUUGGACCUGAUGGCAGACACCGGUGCGGACGUUACCAUCGUCCCUCAGGCAGAGUGGCCGCGCGACUGGGAGUUAGUGUCCCCUUGUGGCACAAUCUCCGGCGUGGGAGGAGCCGUCAAUUCCCGACGCAGUAAGCACCUCGUGUGUGUAGAGGGGCCGGAGGGCCAGGUUGCCACAAUUCGGCCUUUCGUAGUUGCAUCUAACAUCAAAUUAUUAGGCAGGGACGUAUUGUCCCAAUGGGGUGCCCGUCUCGACAUCCCUAGCCCUGCGUGGGAUUUUUAGUCUGGGCCACUGCGGAGCGCACCUCCCCACCGCUUAAUUGGAAAACUGAUACACCGGUGUGGGUGGACCAGUGGCCCUUGCCAAU